AUGCGGGCAUUCCGCCCUCCCGCUUCCAGCCGGCGCUGCCCGGGCGGGAGCCCUCCCGCAGCCACUGCCCCGGCGCCGCUCCCUCCCCAGCCCGAAGUUGGCGUCCCGGGGCAUCCCCGGCGGCCGCCCGGGCAGUGUCACCGGCGCCCGAUUUACGACUUCAGGUGCAGGAGCGGCGGGCAGCGCAGACCGACUCCCCGAGAGACAAAGGCUGCGUGUCGCUCGCCGGAGCGCCGCCGGGCGCGGAGCCGCCGGAGCCCGGAAAAACCCUCCGGGCCCCGCGCCCCGCCGGCAAAACGCCCCCAACAGCUGCGCCCCGUACCGCUCCGCCCGCGCGCGGGCGCCGCCGCCGCCCGCCUCACCUGCGGGGAGUUUUUCCAGCCCUGCGCCGCUGCCGGGGCUCGGGCUCCCCGGCGCUCCGCUCACUGCCUCAUUCCAAUAUGGCACGGCCCGCCAGAGCGCAUGCGCCCGCCGCCCGCCCGCCUGCCUCCCCCCUCCCGCCCCUCCGCCCUCCCCUCCCCUCACGGCUUUUCGGGCGCUCCGGCUCCCUCCUGCCGCGGGCGCGCCGAGCCCGCCGCCGCCGCCCGCCCGGCCCCGCGGGGUCCGGCCCCGACCCCGCCCCCGCCGCGCUGCCCCGGGCUGCUGCCCCCGGACACCUGCUCCCGCCGCGCCGGGGGCAGCGCGGGCUCGGCCGCCGGUAACGGGACGCGCCGCCGCCGCGACUCUGCCGGGGCGGGGCGGGCGUCCACGCCCUGCCCGGGCGCCGCGGGAAGGGACGCGGCCCGGCGGGCGAGCGGGCGGCCGGUGCCUGCCGCGGGAUGCGCGGUCCCGACUCCAUCCCCCCCGCCCCGGCGAGGAUUUAGCCCCCUUUCCCUCGGAAAGAACCGGCCCCGUCGGUCGGGGCGCGGGGACCGGCGGUUCCCUCCCCCCCGCGGGGCCGCGCAGCCGGCGGGGCCGCGCCAGCGCCGCAGUUGGCGGGGAGCGGGCGGGCGGCACCGGCCGUGUCGUCCCCCCCACCCAGGGCGGAGACCGGCGCCCCGCGCACUCGCCGCCGCUGCCCGCGGCGCAGCGAAGCGAAAGAAAAAGGAAGCGGGUUGUGCAACACCGCGCUCCUGCCCGUGCGGCGGGGACGGAGGGGAGGAAAGGGAGAGCCCCCCGCCCCGAUCCUCACAGCCGGUCCGCACCGAGGCGGUGGCCGACAACGAGCACGCCGCGAAGACGUUUCCCGUGGCGCUCGGGAGGGAGCACAGCGCGCCCGCCGCCCGGGACAGCGGGGCCCGCGCCCGGCAGGAGCCGCCCCGGGGCUCGCGGCGCUGCCCAAGGACGGCCCCCGCGGGGCUGGAGCGCUUCUUGCCCGCGGUUCCGUUUCCCGGAGCGCCGGCCCGCCCGCUCCCGCUGCCGUUCCCGCCGAGGCCCGGGCCCUCCGCUAGAGGGGGGUCUCGCCAUGCCGAUCCGCAGGGCCCCGCCGAGCGCUCCCGGCCCGGCACCGCGCAAUUAACUGUUCAAACGAAACCGCUGCCGCACCGCCUAAUUGAGUCCCAGCAGACACCGCCCGCGUAA